GCGGAGCUUAAGGCUCGUCCAAACAGUGGCGGAGCGAGAGCGUCAGUACGAGCUUCCCCAAGCCCAUCGCCCCCCUAAACCUCUGAAUGAAUCCUACCUGAUUGAGCAGGUUUUCUCUCAGCAUCCCUACCCCCCCUCGGUUAAAGCCCACGUUAAAGGCAGCCCCCUGUACACGGACCUGAGGCUCACCAGCAUGACCGAUGUGAAGCGUGGACAGCCGUCCUGGACCGUGGAGGAGUACAAACGCAGCUCAGGAGAGAAGGGGAAGCAGCUCACAGCUCUGGACCUGCAGACCCAGGAGUCCCUGAACCCCAACAACCUGGAGUACUGGAUGGAGGACGUCUACACCCCAGGCUUUGAUUCGCUGCUAAAGAGGAAGGAGGCAGAGUUCAGGCGGGCAAAGGCGUGCAAGAUUGGCGCGCUCAUCGCAGCUGCUACUUGCACCGUGAUCCUGGUCAUCGUUGUUCCUAUUUGCACCAUGAAAACAUGAGAGAAGUGAUUGAUGGUUGGUUUAAUCUCAGCUGUGUGAGCUGUGGGUGAGUGUGCAGCAGAUUAACUGCGAACAUGAUGGUACUGUAUCUGAUGGAGGUUUGUAGUUUUAAUGCAGUAUUACUUCAGGAGGUCUUUCUGCCAAUAUAAACCCUGAUAGGACAGCUACUGUACUCUAGAAAUGAAAUCAGCAAGUGCAUAAUAUCUAAACUGUACAUAGAGGUUUAACAUUAGUAGUUUAUUGUACUCUUAUAAACUGGGAGCUCAUGGAUUGACUCAUCUGUCUUGAACACCUGCAGCAGAUGAACUGAACCAGAUUUAUUAUCGUAGCCAGCGUAUGAUAUUUUUAUUUUUCCUAUAUUUACUGUACAGUGUAUUUUGAUCAAAGUUAUUUUUGAUGAAUUAUCUGGUUGAAUGUGAGAAGUUGUCUUUAUUUUAUUAUCUUUCUUCAAUAACAGCAGGCAUUUUAGGUAAUUAAAUUUGUGCAACACAUUUUUCUAAUUAGACCCGCGCUAUAUUGAAGUAGUUAAUAAUAAAGAUAUACAUGUACAUAAGCCGCAGACACAUUAUGACUGCACAGAUAAACUGAAUGUAUUAAUAAUGUUAGACUGCUCAGCUGUAAAGCAAUGACAGGACGAGUAAUUGAAUGUUGAGACAUAACCAGCCAUCAGCUCAUCGCAGCCUUCCCUCUGAAACAUUUCCUCCUUUCCUCCUUCGCUCUUCUUCAUUGCAUUUCUUCGUUUCUAUGAGGCUCACCUGGGCUGCUUGUACGGCUCAGCGUUAUUGAUUAUACUCUUUUCCCACACCAGCACAAAGCAAACAGCAUCAACAGCAAGCUCUCUGCAGGUUUGCCCGUCUGUGUGCUGCUGCAGGUUUUACAGCUUUUCAGACAUGAGACCAUCGAAACAACAAGGAGAGAAAAAGUGCACCCAGAUGAAAAGACACAUGUUUGAAAACAUAAAGAGGUAACUGAAGGACAAAUUGUAAAGAGAUUUAACUGACAAAUGAAGUCAAACCGACCAUGAAGAGCUGCCUGUUGUGUUGUGUACUUAAGGAUGCAUUGAGUCUGCAAAGAGUGUUGAAUAAUAAUAAAGUCCAAGACAGCGAGAGACGGCCUCCUGAUGGAGUCAGACCUCAGGAACCUGAGUCUCUAUGUUUGUAUGACUGACAUCAUGUUAAAGAUGAAAAGACGGAGUGAAGGGGGACUCCUCUUCUCUUGGCAGCUAUCAUCCCCAGCGUCAGAGAUCGUGGCACAAAAGUAGACAGACCUGAAGUUGACUGCAGCCAAAGAUAACGAGUUCAGGGUCAGGCUGAGGAACAUUUAUAAACCCCCUAGAAAUCAGCGAGUGAAGGGUAGAACCAAAAGGCGUGGGACAGUGUGGCAUCCAUCACACAGCGGGGAGACAGAGGAGUCAAAUUUAGAGUAGUGCAAACGGUGGACAACCUUAAGCUGAUACUCACUGUUCACUGUCUCUCAUCCCACAGACAAUUAGAUAUCCAACUCCUCUUUCCAGCCAUCUCUGAUCUUGACCUGUGGGCUGGAGAACAAGUGUCAAGCUAACACAUACAUUUAGAAAAAGGACGUCCAAAGUGUUUUAUAAUGGAUCAAAAAAAACCAUUCUUUUCUAGGAGAGUCUCAAAGUUUUGGAUCUUGCAUCGAAAUAAUGUCUCAUUUGUAGGUUAUGAAAACUAUAGCUGGGGCAAACUGAACUCACCUCUUAGCUGACUCAAUGGUAUUUACUGUUAGUUCAUAUACAGGUUCUCAUUACAGACUAAACCUCUUUCUCUCCAGACAUGGAAGGACUUGACUGUGAGGGUAUGACAGAGCACAGCCAACCCAUCAUUAGCAUGGCUGUUUCAUAGCCUGGCCACAUACAGUGUAACCUAAAUAUAGAUGCUACCCUCUUUCUAACCUAUAUAAAAGUAGGACCGCUCCUAAAAGUGAACAAAACCCUGACGUGUGCGGCAUUUUGUCAGCUUAAAGCCUUCAUGUCUGUUUUUUAAAUUGCAUCAAGGUACACAGAGUAAUGCAAGAGUAAGGCAUGUAAAGGUGCUUUUCGACCAGAAGUACCAGGAACUUUUAGGAUUGAAAUGGUUCCUGUGGUCCAUUGGUGUCUGCAUUUCCAGUGAGGCCUGAAGUCCAGUGGAAAUGAUGAAAAUCAGGCCAGUUUCAUGUACAAAGAGCAGUUUCACUCCACCUGACACUCUAAUUAAGGGGUUUUAGGGGCUUCGAGCUGAGCUGUCUGUAACUCUAGUCUAACAUGGGGGCUUCAGACUUCUGCUGGUUUUGCUUCAGGAAAGAGUAUUUAACCCCGUUUGUCUGUACUUGCCUGAAUCACGCUAACAAAGUUUCUAUGUCACACAAGAACAGAAAUGUCAAGGAUUUGUUUCAAAGUCCUGGAUUCUCUGAGAUAAAGAGACAGACCAGCUAUUUGUAUCUCCAGCCGUCCUGGAGUCAGUGAACUGAGUUAUCACAUUAAAACAUUCAGGCAGUGAUCCUCUGCUCUCAGGUUCAUGACUGACCUGAAACAGGCUGUCAUAGCCUGAAGCCUCCCUGGAGGAAAAUACAUCCACUGACUAAGAAAAAUCCUUCAUCCAGUUAGAUGAUGUGAUGGAAAAUGAUCUUGACAUGGCUUAAAACGUAGCAUCAGGUGCCACACUGAGGGGCUAGAUAAUAAGUCGGCUAUUUAAAGCUGCUGGUCUUACAUAUCUUGUGGUAAGCCCCACUAAAAGGAACUAAAAGAUUUUGAACUGCUCCAGCAACAGCUUGUGAAACAUUGACAAAAUGACAGGAAGAAUCCCACAGUAGACAGACCUUUUGUUAAAGACAAAAACCUACAAUCAGACCGCUCUCUGAAAGGAAACCAGACUCCGGUCACACCUCAAACACUGCACUUUCUCUCCUGCAGAGUUUGUUGAAAUGUUUGUUUGACUUCGGUGUUUGCUGCCUUGUCGGGAUCAAAAGUAACAUUUGAUUGAUAAACACUAAAAAUUCUGUUUUUGUGUCUUUGAAAGUGUGAUGUCUUUUUAAAAAGCAUCUUAGAACAAAAAGGUCCAUCUCCGUACAGAUCCUUUCUGUAACAUUAUCAGGCACUUUGAGUAACAAUCUGAGCCUGUUAAGGACAGAAACAAGAACUUUUUGUGGAUGGACUCUAAUUUGGCACAUUUAGUUUAAUGAGCUUGACAAAAAGACACUUUACAUCCUGACAGACGUGGCUAAAUCUCUCCACCCUCCUCCCCUUUUAAUCCAUGGAAACCCUUCAAUAUGAGGUCAUAAAUGAAGGGGUAUCAGUGACUGCCUGAAUUAGCUUCUGCUGCUUUUGUUAACCAGUUCAAUAUCGUAAGUCUGGCCCCUUCUUGAUUUUGAUUGGCAGAUAAGGGAGGAGAGUGAAGCGACAGAAAACAGCUGAUGGUGAGUGUUUCAAUGCUGAGUACUGAAAUGCAUCGACUUUAUACAGAAAAUAGAUGCUGUUAGUGCAAAACCAAUGGGGUAAGCAUACAGAGACCCUAAAAAUAGUGAUGUAUUCCACAAAGUUCAUAAAAAUAGAUUUCUAUAAUUCUCCUUUAAGUUACCUCAUUUGGUCAUAAAACCUGCAGCAGUUUACAGCCUUUUCAGCUCACUAAGAAACAGAUGGGUUAUUUGUAUGAAUAAAGCUACUUAGUCACACACUAAGAAACUGAGUUAUUUUGAUUUUUUACUAGCAAACAUCCAGAACCUGAAAUCAUGAGCCAACUUUCAGUGCCAAUGAAGAAGCAGCCUAACCAUGAUCCUAGUUUAAGUCACCAUGUUUAUGUGUUGUGACACUGAACAAAGACCUAAAGGACAGAAACCCCUUUGAAUGUAAGACAUCCUUUUUCAAUUGUAUUUGUGAAUCCUAACUGUUUCCAUCUCCUGUCAGUCAGUUAUGCUGAGCACAGGUGUGAGCAGAGAGCUGCUCCAUGUAUUUCUUUCCCUGUUUACCAUCCGCUGCAUUGUUUCUGCCUUCAUAUGGGAACAUGAGCUCAGCACACUGUACGAGUCUGUAAAUACUUUCAGGGUGGAGGCACACUAUAGGAGCAGGUGCUAACUGGAAUAUUACUAAUAAAAACGUCUUGUUCUGACUGUU